CUAUUUGCAAGGGCGUUACAGAUGUCCACGGUCCAGUCUUUGUGUCCCUGGGCGUUAUAAAUAGUAAAGAUUAAUUAGUUAGCUGAGAACUUGGAUCAGGGGCGGGCAGAUAGAAUUUGAUCCAUGGACAGGUAACUCAAGCAAUCCCUAUUGUCACUGCAACCAGACCUAUAUAAAUCCGCCUUGACAGACAGCAUUCACCACAUAGCCUUACCUCUGCUGGAUCACCGACCGGGCAAGAACCCCCCAUCACACGGAAUAAAAUGUCACUCUCAUCCAUCCUUUCCGCUGAUGCCAUCGACAGUGCUAUCAAGGACUGCCAAGCGCCGGACUCUUUCUGCCCCAAGAAGUUUUUCCAGAUUUGUGGCCUCACCAAGAAGAGCCCCCAGGAUGUGAAGAAGGUUUUUGGGAUCCUGGAUAAUGAUGCCAGUGGUUUUAUUGAGGAAGAAGAGCUCAAGUUUUUCCUCCAGAGGUUUAAUCCUGGGGCUCGUGUUCUGACCGAAAAGGAGACCAAGAACUUCCUGUGUGCUGCUGAUGACGAUGGCGAUGGCCAGAUUGGAGCAGAGGAGUUCCAGGCCAUGGUCUUGUCCUAAACAACUGGACUCCAUGUCAACUUAAUCUGACUCCCCGAACCCACCCCUAUUCCACUGCUUCAAAGGCUCUCGCAUAGUCAUUUUCCAUCUAGUUAGAUGAAACCUUUACUAUAUUUUUUUAUUUUGCAAGACUCUCUCUGGUCCAUGGACAUACAUCAUCAUGUUUUUCUUCUCUUUCUUUUUCAUAUGUUUUAGACAGAUUGUAAAGCUGUAUUUCCCAAUUAAAUGCACAAUUUACCAAAUUACUGAGAAAAUAAAAUAAUAAA